AUGCAUCCAAAGAAGAAGAAGACAAUAAAGAAGUUUGAUGUUGAUCUAUGGAGUCCGUGUGGCAAUCCUCGCCCUCAACCUGCUGUAGAGGACUCCGAAGACAUAAUCGAAGACAUCCCCGAGGCUGUACAUUCAAGCUCCGAAAUAGCAGCACAGUUGCAACAAUUCUCUCCCUACACUGAAGCUCCUGUCGCGCUCCACAUCGGUGAAGAGCCGACGGUCUACUAUGUGCCGAGCCAUCUUCUACCACGUGGAAAGAUUCACACACGCGGAGAAGAUCCAUUGUACCUCCCGGACAUUGAGGUAGAGACCGGACAUACGCUAGUUCAUUACCUAUACACCGGGACAUACGAAACCCUUCACGCAUCCAGUGAACUUGAGCAAGCGCUGCUGGUAUAUAUCAUGGCCAUGAGCUAUGAAAUUCCCAGGCUUGCUGAGCUUGUCGUGAGUGAAAUAGAAAGCCUUUGCGCUGGAAUAGACAUCUUCCGGAUGAUGACAUCAAUCGAACCCAACUUCACGAAGCUUGAAUUAGAGAGUCGCGACGAGGGCCCAGUGCAUGCCAUUUUACGCAAAAAGGCGAGGACCACAUUUGAAGCAAACCCCACUGCAUUCCAGGCAGAUGAGUUCUUGGCUCAUCUCAGCAACGCAGACUUCAGAAGUUUCAUGUUGAAAUGUGUAAUGAAGCUCUACAGCGACAAGGUCUCACACCUCGAAAGGGACCGGGAAGGAAUCAGGAAAGAGCUCAAAGACAGCAAAAAGACAGUCAAAAAAUUCGAAGCCGAUUGGAAGGUCGAUGUGGAACAAAGAAUGGAUAAUCAGAAUGGUUACGUCGCGGUUGGUGCAUAUGAUAGUGAACCCACUGUGCGAGAGGACAUUGAGCAUGUUGCAGCCGAGGCAGAAAGUAUCUCGACUGAUUGCUUCAACAAUAUCAGCUACCCAUCAUGCGAAGAUUCAGUUCAGCCUCCACGGUCUCUUGAUGGACUUGAAGAGCCCCAACCUGAUGAAUCCCAGCCUGAGCAAGCCCCAUGUGAAGAGCUCUACCCUGAGGAGCCUUGUCGCGAGGCCUACCCUGAACCUCCUCCUGAGCCCUAUCCCGAGGAAUCAGAGGUCCCCGCCCAUGAAACUCCAGCAGAAACCAUCGCAGAGCCAGAACAUGCACAAGACGAGCUCGCAAAGAUCCUGCAGCAGAUGGGAAGAAGCUUGAAGACAAACAAAGCUAAAAGGGCAUUGGAGAGACUAGAGCGAGCUGUCAGGAGCGAAAAGCAGGCUGUUCAAUACGAACCCCCACAGCCGCCCUCAGCGGAAGAGAUUGUGUUUUCCAGUUAA